AUGGAAUGUUUAAAACCAUUAAAAGAAGAGAAGAAGAGAGAGAUGCUUACAGAGAGAGAAGAACUGACGUUAAAAACUGGAGAGCUGAAAUCAACAGAGCAUAUAAUACCAAUACUCUCAUAUUGGGACAUGGAAACCAAGCUUGCCAAAUUCUAUGGAGCAAAACACUUUGGCAUAUUUUGGUUUUGCUACAAUCCAUUAAGCAGCCACUAUGGCUUGAAGUUCACAUGUGGACGAUCAUUCCUUGAUGGAAUCCAUUUACACAGAAACUUCACCACCACGCACUUGUUUAAAGGCCCUUAUAAGCUUUGCCCCUGUGCGUUGACUGGUGGGAUGAUUGCUGCAUGA